CUUGACCACUGCGGCCGGGCGUGGAAGUAAGCGUCGACACUCGACACUACCCAACAAAUACACGGAAUCUCAUUUCGCCAAGUCCACCGCGUGAGCAGAGCACUGAGCACGAACAGAGAGCACCACCAAGCUCCCGAUUCUAGGCCACGCACCGCCAAGUGGACGAGCUAGCAACCUCCUGAUCUUCGCCAUGGACGACGCCGGAUCAUCAUCCUCGCCGCUGCGCGUCGUGAUCGUCCCGUGGCUCGCGCUGGGCCACCUGCUCCCGUACAUGGAGCUCGCCGAGCGGCUCGCGUCCCGGGGCCACCGAGUGUCCUACGUCUCCACGCCGCGCAACCUCGCGCGCCUCCCGCCGCCGGCGCCGCGCGUGGAGCUCGUGGCGCUCCCGCUGCCGCGCGUGCACGGCCUCCCCGACGGCGCCGAGUCCACCAACGACGUCCCGGCACACCAGCGGGAGCUCCACUGGAAGGCCUUCGACGGCCUCGCCGCGCCCUUCGCGGAGUACCUGGCCGCCGCGUGCGCCGACGAGGCCACGACGCCUCACUGGGUCAUCGCCGACACUUUCCACCACUGGGCCGCCGCCGCCGCCCUCGAGCACCGGGUGCCGUCCGCCAUGCUUCCCCCGACCGCUGCCUUGAUCGCCACCGUGCUCAGUCACAGCCAGCCGUCGGAGCACGACGGAGCGCGCGCUCCUCCCCGUUAUGAGCAAGAGGGGAGGGAACCGAUUUACAGCAACCAUGGCGUGUCGGGCAUGUCCAUCAUGCAGCGCUUAUUGUUGACAAAGGAGAGGUGCACGGUCGUGGCCAUCCGGAGCUGCGUCGAGUGGGAGCCCGAGUCUUUCCCGCUGGCGGCCACGAUCCUCGGCAAGCAGGUCGUGCCCCUCGGCCUUCUGCCGCCCUCAGCCGAUGCAGCCCGCCGUGCCGCCGCCAGCGGGGCAGAGCACGCCACCGUGCGCUGGCUGGACGCGCAACCUCCCGGCUCGGUGCUGUACGUGGCGCUGGGGAGCGAGGUGCCGCUGCGCGUGGAGCAGGUGCACGAGCUGGCCCUCGGGCUGGAGCUCGCCGGGACGCGCUUCCUCUGGGCUCUCAGAAAACCCAGCGGCCCCGGCGCGGCCGCCGUCGAUGCCGACAUCCUCCCUCCUGGUUGCCAAGAGCGCACGCGUGGCCAGGGGCUGGUGACCACGGCGUGGGUUCCCCAGAUGGGCAUCCUGGCGCACGCGGCCGUGGGCGGGUUCCUGACGCACUGCGGCCGGAGCUCGCUGAUCGAGGGCCUCCUGUUCGGGCACCCGCUCGUCAUGCUCCCAAUCUUCGGCGACCAGGGGCCGAACGCGCGGCAAAUGGAGGCGAAGAAGGUGGGGCUGCAGGUGGCGAGGGACGAGGACGACGGGUCGUUCGACCGCCAUGGCGUCGCGGCGGCGGUCCGGGCCGUCAUGGCUGACGGAGAGGCCAGGAGGGGCUUCGUAGCAGGCGCAGCGAGGAUGCAGGAGGUGGUAGCCGAUACAGAGCGACAUGAGAGAUACAUCGACGAGUUUGUGCAGCAGCUUAGAUCUUACUCCGCCGCAGGUGCAACGAACUGAUGACAAUUUCACUACUGCCAAAUACUAAAUCAGUAAAAUCGUUCCAGAUUACUUUGGAAACCACACAUUCAAAGAAUUUAUCGGUGGUGCACUGA